GUCAGAGCGCGCCUCACCCGCGGCGACCCCGGAAGUGGGCCGGGGGCUUGGCCUCUGCCCGGCCCCAGAGCCGGAGCGGGUGGUGCUAGCUGAGAGGGGUCUAGCCGAGCGAGCCCGUCCGGCGGCGGACCCCGGGCAGGGCCUGCGCAGGGGGUUCAAGAUGCUGAACGUCCCUUCCCAGUCUUUCCCGGCCCCCAGCUCUCAGCAGCGCGUCGCCUCCGGGGGGCGUAGCAAGGUACCUUUGAAACAGGGCAGAAGUCUUAUGGAUUGGAUUCGGCUGACCAAAAGUGGAAAGGAUUUAACAGGAUUAAAAGGCAGGUUAAUUGAAGUAACUGAAGAAGAGCUUAAAAAACACAACAGAAAAGAUGAUUGUUGGAUAUGCAUAAGAGGAUUUGUUUAUAAUGUCAGCCCAUAUAUGGAGUAUCAUCCUGGUGGAGAAGAUGAACUAAUGAGAGCAGCAGGAUCAGAUGGUACUGACCUUUUUGAUCAGGUUCAUCGUUGGGUCAAUUAUGAAUCUAUGCUAAAAGAAUGCCUGGUUGGCAGAAUGGCAAUUAAACCUGCCAUUCUGAAAGAUCAUCGUGAGGAAAAGAAAGUCUUAAAUGGCUUGCUUCCCAAUAGUCAAGUGACAGAUGCACUUGCCAAAGAAGACCCUAGUUCUCCAAGCUAUGACUGGUUCCAGACGGACUCGUUAGUCACCAUUGUCAUAUAUACUAAGCAGAAGGAUAUCAGUUUAGAGUCAGUAAUAGUUGAUCAUCAGGAUGAUUCCUUUAGAGCAGAAACAAUUAUCAAGGAUUAUUCAUAUCUUAUACAUAUAGGGCUAAGCCAUGAGGUUCAGGAAGAUUUUUCUGUGCGGGUUGUUGAGAAUGUAGGGAAAAUAGAGAUCGUCCUUAAGAAAAAAGAGAAUACUUCUUGGAACUGUCUUGGUCAUCCCCUGGAGAAUCAUAAUUCAUUUAUUCCAAGAAAAGAUGCAGGUUUGUACUACAGAAAGUGCCAGUUAAUUUCCAAGGAAGAUGUUACUCACGAUACGAAGCUUUUCUGUUUGAUGCUGCCACCAACCACUCAUAUUCUGGUGCCCAUUGGGCAACAUGUUUACCUCAAGCUAACUAUUACAGGUACAGAAAUAGUAAAGCCAUAUACACCUGUAUCUCAUUCCUUACUCCCAGAGUUCAAAGAACCAGUUCUUCCCAAUAAUAACUAUAUCUACUUUUUGAUCAAAGUCUAUCCUGCUGGACUCUUCACACCAGAGCUUGAUCAUCUUCAGACUGGAAAUUUUGUUUCUGUAAGCAAUCCUGAGGGCAAUUUUAAAAUAUCCAUCUUACAAGAAUUAGAAGAUCUCUUUUUGUUGGCAGCUGGAACAGGCUUCACUCCAAUGGUUAAAAUACUGAAUUAUGCUUUGACUAGUAUACCUAGUCUCAGGAAAGUGAAGCUGAUGUUCUUCAAUAAAACAGAGGAUGAUAUAAUUUGGAGAAGCCAAUUGGAGAAAUUAGCAUUUAAAGAUGAAAGAUUUGAUGUUGAAUUUGUUCUCUCAGCACCUACUUCUGAGUGGACUGGCAAACAGGGGCACAUUUCACCAGCUCUUCUUUCUGAAUUUUUGAAAAGAAAUUCGGAUAAAUCCAAAGUCCUCGUCUGCAUUUGUGGGCCACCGCCGUUUACAGAACAAGGAGUAAAGUUGCUGCAUGAUCUUAACUUUUCCAAAGAUGAGAUCCAUAGUUUUACAGCAUAAUGAAGAGCUGUCAUUGUCUUUUAUUCAACUAGUUUAUAUCUAAAUUUGUGAUUGCUUAGGGGUUUUUUAAGAGAACAUUUUUGUAUAUAAUAAAAGGUUAACUAGAAUUCAGGCUUCAGUUUCUUAAAUGAAAAUCAAAUGUUCCUUCAUUAUAGGUAACUUCUUGUCUUUUUUUUGUACCAUAACUUAUUUUACUACUGAUAUUUACCCUGGAAAGUCAAUCAUGGCAACAAAUACAUACAGGAUUCUUUGUUAUGAAUCUAAACUUUCCUUACCAUUUAAAUUGUAUAACUGUUCUACAAUAAGCACUUGUGUUUUAUGACAUGAUAAAUGAUCACUUUGAUCACGUUUCUAUGUUGUAAAAUGUCUUAUUAGCAAUACAGAUUAAAUUUUACAUUGCACUGUUAACUCAGGAAAUGAUCAUUUAUGUCCUUGUUAUUAAUAUUAAAACAUGGAAUGUUAUAACUUAUUAAGUGAUCCAAACAUCUGUGUGUGUGUGUGUGUGUGUGUAUUUAUAUGACAUUGAUGCAGAAUAGAAUAAAAUUAUUUAUACUUAAGUACUUUU